AUGUCCAGGCCGUCCCCGGGAACGCCCAGAGUCUCGUCUCACAUCCACCCAACCUUGCUCACACAUAGGCAAGAGAGACAUAGAGACAUGUCGUCGUUUCGCGCUCUUAUGCGACUUGGGCGACUCAAGUUCAUUCCGUAUUCGUCCAUGCUCGCUCUCAUGGGCGCGCUCUCACGAGACAUCAGCCACAACCACGGGUUCCGUUUUCGCAUCGAGAACUUCGUUCCCGUGGCGCUCUUCGUGGCGUGCACGCACGUCAUGACGCAUUACUACAACGAAUACUUUGACUACGAGGCCGAUCUCGCCAACAAGCAACGCGGCAAGUGGAAUGGCGGCUCGGGCGUGCUUCCCGAGGGCUUGCUGCCGCGUUGGCUGGCGCUCGCCGCGGCAAACGUGCUGCUCAUCGGGAGCGUCGUCACGCAAUUCGCAUUCUUCCGCGCUCCAGCGCAAUGCGUCGCGUGCGCGACGCUGUUCCUCUCCUGGGCGUACACCGCGCCGCCAUUUAAGCUCCACUAUCGCGGCUUGGGCGAAGCGACCGUUGCCGCGGUGCUGACGUGCAGCGUCCCGGUGAUGGGCGCGCUGCAGCGCCGCGACGACAACGCAUUCGUCCUCCCCACGUCGCUCCGCGCGAUUAUCCCGCUGCUGUGCGCGCAGCAGCUGGUGCGGACGAUGAUCAUGAAUCUCCCCGACAUCGAGUCCGACCUGCAGUGCGGCAAAAUUACGUUGACCGCGCGAUUGGGGCCGGAGCGGGUGGCGCGUUUGUAUCGAUUCACGCAAAAUGCGGUUGGUGUUAUAGCCGUGGUUUUGUUCGCGUGCGGGCACAUGACGUGGCCCGUGCUGAUCGCGUUCCUCGUCGCCACGACGAAGGGGAUCAGUUUGGCGCGUCGCUUGGACGCGAUUGUGUUUGCUGGCCGCGCUGGGACGGCACGCAACGACAAAAAGGACGAUUCGGAAUACGCUGCACGCAAUAUGGCGGCCAACAAUAGCGAGGAUAAUUUGGCGACGCGUGAUUCUGCUGAGGGUCCGGACGAGUGGAUGGAGAACGACAGGGCGGACACGGGGGUUGUGACACAAACGGGGGAAGAGGAGGAUGAGGAGGCGGAGGCGGAAGGGGAGGCGGAGGAAAGGGGGGCGGAGGCGGAAGGAGAAGAGUACGCAGAGGAAGAGGAAGGCGGAGAGGAAGAAGCGGAGGAGGAUGCUGGGGAGGAGAACGGUUACGGAGAGCAAGGGGGAGCAGCGGAAGGGGGAGAAGCGGAAGGGGGGGAAGCGGAAUGGGGAGAGGAAGGGGGGGGGGGGGAGGAGGGGGAUGUAGAAGUGUGGGUGGCUGGGCAGGAUGAAGCGGAGGGGGAUGGCGGAGAGGUGGAGGCGGAAGGGGAGUGGGCGGACGCGCGGGGGGGCGGCGAGGAGGAAUGGGAGGAUGCACGGGAGGGGGAAGAGGGCGAUGUGGAGGUAUGGGUGGCUGGGCAGGAUGAUGUGGAGGGGGAUGGGGGGGAAGAGGGGCGUGGGGGAGGGGACGGAGAAGGAGAGAUGGAAGGUGAAACGGAAGGGGAAGGAGAGUGGGGGGAGGAGGCAGGAGAGGGCGAGGAAGCGGGGGAAGGAGAGGAAGCGGGUGAAGAAGAGGUGGGGGGGGAAGGCGGGGAAGGGGAGGGAGAGUACCCUGGAUGGGCGAGUGAGGCGCUGUUGUCGUUUCUGGAGGAGCAGGGCGAGAAUGUGCAGGAGCCGCUGUACUGGUCGACCGUGAAGAAGAUCGUUGCAGGGUACAUCCAAGCCAACGGGCUGCAGGUGAGCACUCUAACAGGUGAGAGCUUGAGGCAGCAGGGAGCAGGGGAGUGUGUUGAUGCAGUUGCUGUCGUUUCUGGAGGAGCAGGGCAGGGCAGGGUACAUCCAAGCCAACGGGCUGCAGGUGAGACUGGAGCCAAAGGGGUGCAGACAGGCGAGAGUGUGGGCGUGCCGCUGUACUGGUCGGCUGUGAAUAGGAUAGAGGCAGGGAGCGUUGGACCAGUGGCUCACCUUAAGGUGACAUAUGCGUAUCUCCCCUCCCCUCUCCCUUUUCUUACCCUCGCAUCUCCCCUCUCCCUUUUCUUACCCUCGCCUCUCCCCUCUCCCUUUUCUUACCCUCGCCUCUCCCCUCUCCCUUUUCUUACCCUCGCCUCUCCCCUCUCCCUUUUCUUACCCUCGCCUCUCCCCUCUCCUUUUCUUACCCUCGCCUCUCCCCUCUCCUUUUCUUACCCUCGCAUCUCCGCUCUCCCUUUUCUUACCCUCGCCUCUCCCCUCUCCCUUUUCUUACUCUCGCAUCUCCUCUCUCCCCCUUCCCCACCUGGUGGUUGUUGCAGAAGGGCAGAUGGAUCACAUGCGACGAUGCGUUACAAGCACUCUGUGACACCGAUAGAAGCACCCAGACCCAGUUCUCCUGUUUCCCCCUUCGCCCCUCGUCCCUCACUCCCCCCUCCCACCCACCCCUUGUGGUUCUUGCAGAAGGGUAAGUGGAUCACAUGCGACGAUGCGUUACAAGCGCUCUGUGAUACCGAUAGAAGCACGCAGGCUCAGUUUUACUACACUCUCGCCACGCACUACCCCGUUAAGAGCUCUGUUAAGGUGCCUCGGCGGCUGCUGAAGCGGCAAGCAGAGGAGGAGGCUGCUAAGAUGGGAGCGGGGGAAGGGGAAGGGGAAGGGGAAGGGGAAGGGGGCGAGAGGAGGAGAGGAGGAGGAGGGAGGAGAGGAGGAGGACGAGGAGGCCGGGGAUUUGGAGUGGGAAACGGCUGGGAGGAGGGGACGGGGAAGGGGGAGAGGGAGAGGGAGGGGAACAGGGAGGGGGAGGGGGAGGGGGAGGGGGAGGGGAAGGGGUAG